AUGAGUUAUUAUUUUUUUCAGAAACCUGAACGGCUAGUACAACGUGUUAACACGUCGUCGAGUGCUUUGAGUAGCCUGGCAGGGUCCAUGCGUUCGUCGAAUUCAUCUUCCAAGAUGAGUCAGUCUUCGCCACAAUCAAACGAGACAGCUGUUUAUACUUCCUCGUUGGUGACUUUUUUAGAAAAGAGUGGGGGGAGAACACCUAUGGUCAUUAAUGGCAAACAGUGGGUUUAUGAUAUCUCCAUAAAUAGGUAUGUGGAGUAUAAACCACAAAGGUCUGAGUAUGAAGUUGCGAAAAAACAAUACAAUAAGUAUAUGAAGCAGCUCCUGAAACUGCCCGGUUUUGAAAUAAACUAUCAGUUGAAUGAUCAGGUGGUUGGCCAAGCGGAGAAAUUGGCCUUGCUUAGACAUACCUACUUUGAGGAAUUAAAGUACAAUGACGAUAUUGUUAGUAGAAUACACAUUAAUCCUCACGAGUUUAACUAUUGUCAAAGAAUUGCCAACUUUACUCGCAUUGAUCAUGAAGAUUCAACAACAACAACAGCAACAGCAGCAAGAACAGCAACAGCAACUUCGCUAUUUCCAACUUUAUCCAUUCACCAGAGCGAUGGAGAUAGUGCAGAUGACUAUGAUGAUGACGAUAUCAUUGGUGAUAUUAGUGAUAUUAAAGGUGUGAGUCUACUUCAUCCGGAAAACAAAACUGUCAAUAUGCGAUCUCUUAUGACUAAUACUAAGUUGUGGAAUGAUUGUUAUGAAGAUCUCAAGCUAGAAAGUAUCACCGAGGGAGCCACCUACCAUGACCUCUUACCAAACCUCAAAGUGGCAAUGGCUUUCCAAAAGGAGUACUUGGAUUAUUUCUUAAACCAUUUGCACACACUAAAGCCAAACUUGGAAAAUAUCACAGAUGCACGUGAGUAUGCUCUGUUGGAGAAGGCUCAAUUUGUGUUUUUUACAGAGUUUAAUCUAGAGUAUUUGAACAGGUUGAAAAUUGAACAUGAUCGAUUGUUUAAACCAAAAAAGUUUAGUAGCACUUUCCAGUCAGAUUAUCAAUUGAUGUAUGAGAAAUUGAUCAAAGUAUUUAUAAAUAAUGUUGAUUCUUUUUAUAAAGUCCAUAAUGAUCACAUAUUGGAGACUUGGAAGGACUUUUUAAUAUUUAUUUUCCAACGUAUGCUAGUGCCAAAUGAUUUGAUUGGUAACAAUGGCAAUACGCCAAGUAUGGCUCUGCUGCAUAGGUCCAAGUUUAACAAUGAAAUAAAUUCUAUUGACCUGCAAUUAUCGCUGCCCAAAAGGUUGAAACGAUCAGUGCACUCAAAGUUGAAAAUAGAGGCAGAGUCUGAGUCUGAGACCAAGACUAAGUUUGAGUCAAAAACGUUGCCGCUGAAAGCUGUGCAACAGAACCUGCUACAGAACCUGCUACAGAACCUGCAGCAAGACCUGCAACCGAGUCCCUGUAAAAGUAUGAAACGGAAUCCUCUGAUUCUAUCCUCAACUUCAAAUGAAUCGUCGUUGAUCUCCUUAUAUAAGCGUUCAGGUCAGCCAUUGAAUGCUGGGUCUGUCUCAACUACAGACUCUAUUUCAUUUUCAAUUCAAGAAAUGGAUGAACCAUCACAAGGAAAAAGAGUAGGACCGCUGGCGAUCGCUACUACUACUACUACUACCAAUACUACAUUAGACCCAUUUUACGUUGUGGAUGAUAAGGAGUUGGUGCUGCGCUUUGAAAGAUACAAGUUGGCGAGAAAUGAAGACAAGGAAAAUGAGAAGCAACUUCAAAAUCAGGAGAAUUUGGAUUUAAAGAAGCUGGAAACCAAAGUUGGAAAGAGUUCAAAUAACAAGAGCUCGUCAUUUUUUAAGAAACUUCGGGGAUUGAAAUAG